GUCGUACAUGAACACCCCGCCUUCCACCAAAUAAUCUCCAGCAUUUGCUCUCCCCGCGCAAUAUGACACAACAUUCCAAACGUAUCCCUUCAGUCCCUUACGCGGAUCCCUCAAAUCCCCUCCAGACCCUUGACAUAUGGCUGCCCCGCCCUCUUGAGCAAUCUGACCCCAAUUCCUCAAUAUGGAUCGUCUAUGUCCACGGCGGCGCCUGGCGCGACCCAACCCAAGACUCGCACUGCAUUGGUCCCACACUCUCACACCUCACAACCCCCCACGCCGGCACCAUCUCCAAACUUGCAGGCAUAGCAUCUCUCAACUACCGCCUCUCGCCCUACCCCUCGCACCCCACAAGCCCCAGCUCGCCCUCGGACGCCUCGCGCAACGCAACGCAUCCCGACCACGUGCGCGACGUUGCGUCCGCGCUCCGAUUCCUGACGAAUCAGUAUGGAAUGAAGCGCUGGGUGGGCGCGGGGCACAGCUGCGGUGCAACACUGCUGCUUCAGUAUGUGGCGGGUAUUGGUCUCAGCGAAGCUGAGCAGAGAGAAGUGCACGGUGGACCAGAGGGAUUGGUGUUGUUGUGUGGGAUAUACAAUAUCCCUCUCCUGCUGCAGAACCAUAACCCGCCUACCUGCCCAGAGAAUAUUAGCAAGAUAUACUACGAGUUCAUCGCCGGCGCCUUUGGCGAGGAUCAGUACAGGUACCGUGAUGUCUCGCCUGUAGCUGGGCAGUUCGGGACAAGGCAGUGGAAGAAUGGGAAGUUGAUGGUGCUCGCGCAUAGCUAUGAGGAUGAGUUGAUUGAAAGGCAGCAGAGGGAUGUUAUGUGUGUUGCGCUUGACAGGGAGGGAUGGGGGAUCGUCAUGGAGGAGGGAGAUGGCGAGGCGGAUAUUGGGGAGGGGAGUAGGGUGUUGGAGGUUAGGGAUUUGAAGGGUGGGCAUGAUUGGAUUUGGGAAGACGGGGAGCAGGUUGCGAAGUUGCUUGCUGAUGUUGUGAGGAGGUUGGUAAAGUAGAUGAGUUAGUUAUAGACAUAGAGAAUCGAGCUGAAAGUGUGCGCUUUUAGAGCCAUACCCAAUGAACCCAAUGCUUCGCUUGCG